AUGCCUCCGCACGGGUAUGUGGAUGGCGUGCCUCUACUCAAGGAGGGCGGCUGUGUGAUAAUGGUGAGCGAGAUGAACUACGAGUGGUCAUCGCCCGCACACGACGCGUACCGGCGGCUCUUUGAGGAGGUGCUGGCAGUGGCGCCAGGACUAGACGAGUUUGAGCGCCACCAGCAGCAGUUCGUGCAGGACGAGCAGCUGAAUGACAUCUACCGCCAGGGCCUGGGGCCCGCUGCCGUGCAUGGCUUCUACAUGUACACGUGGGCCGCUCAUGGCAUGGAUAAGGUGGGCAAGGUGUAUGUGGUGGGUGCCGUGGACCCGCGGGGGCCGGCGGUGCUGCGGUGGGAGAUGGCGGACAGCAUACAGGACGCUGUUGACCAGGCGCGCUUGUUCCUGGGCAACAGCAAGGCGGAGGUGACGUAUCUGAGGUGCCCGCCGGUGGGGUAUGUGCGCGUGCACACGGAGGGGCAGGGGGAGGGCAGUGCUGCCGAGCAGGUGCAAGGGGAGGCAGCGCAGGCAGUGGGCAAACACCAGUGA